GUUCAUCUUUUCAACAGCUCUGCAGGAUGGAAACACUGGUCUCACCAAUGCCCAGAUCACAUCUGUCCAUACAGGAACUGAAGGAGGAGAUAUCACGGUUACAUGCUCCUUUUCUUCAUAUGGAACCUCGAUGUUCUUUUGCAAGAGAGAAUGUAAACCAGAGGACAUCCUCAUUAAAACAACUGGUGUCAGAGAUCAGAGAGGCAGAUACAGCAUCACAUAUGAAGGAGGGGAAAAUGUUGUCGUGAGCAUCACACAGCUGACCAAGUCUGACUCAGGACUGUACAGAUGUGGUCUGGGUGGAUCAAACAUUACAUUUGAAAUCAUUGUUGUAGAUGCUCUGCAGGAUGGAAACACUGGUCUCACCAAUGCCCAGAUCCCAUCUGUCUAUACAGGAACUGAAGGAGGAGAUGUCGAAGUUAGAUGCCCCUUUUCUUCAUAUGGAACCUCGAUGUUCUUUUGCAAGAGAGAAUGUAAACCAGAGGACAUCCUCAUUCACACAACUGGUGUCAGAGAUCAGAGAGGCAGAUACAGCAUCAGAUAUGAUGGGGGGGGAAAUGUUUUCGUGAGCAUCACACAGCUGACCAAGUCUGACUCAGGACUGUACAGAUGUGGUCUGGGUGGAUCAAACAUUACGUUUGAAAUCAUUGUUGUAGAUGCAGUCCCAUCAGGCUCCACACCAGCAACACAGAGUUUAAGCUCUCAGACUGACCAGCAGCAGACAACAGCAACAGCAGGUUGGGCCUCCACCUCCACCUCCAUGCUGCUGUAUGCUGUUCUGAUUCCUGUCAUCAUCGUCAUCCUCUCAGGGCUGACACUGAUGAUAAUCUGUAUUCAGAGGAACACCAAACCUAAAGGUUUGCAGACCAGAGGAAAUUCAGAUGGCACAAACAUGGAGGUGACUUUCUUUAACUCUUUGAUUACUCUCUCUGUUGGAUAAGAUGUAAUAUAAUAAUAAUAAUUUUAAUAAUCCUUAUUUGUAGAGCACUUUUCAAAAACAAGUUACAAAGUGCUU